AUGACCACUGCUCUGAGACACAUGGCUACUGUUGCUGAACAAUUGCGUGUACAAGGCUACAACACCGAAGCAAACAAGAUUGGUCAAUUGAGCGUGCAGCUGGUGCAGGAGUUUAAUGAUGCAUCCAUUCAGUUGAAAGAAAAGGGCUCAAAUGGCCACUAUCCCCUAGCAAUUCUUGCAAGUGAUCCAUAUACCCUGAAUAAAGCAUCCACUAGCGCAAUACAGGGAGAUGGCGUGUUGCCAAAAGAGAAUGCCCCUGUCGAGUUCCGUCUCGACUAUCCGGCCAAGAAGAGCCCGCCGCCGUCAAGCAAUGGCUUUGACGCCAAAGUGCAGCUGAUAAACCCCAGCUCAUGGGCAAAAGUGGUCGCGACUAAAUCGAGUCUACAAAAUCCUGAGAGAUUAGCGGUCAGAGUAGGACGCGGGGGUAGAUCCAUCACACACUUUGGCCAGGCAACACGCACUGCUAAUCGUGUGAAGGGUGGAAAGGAGGGAAACGAAGUACACACUGACCAUCGUCGGGAAGAAAUCGGCCUUGAGCAUGGCAAAGGUGGCGUGGUCAAUAUUGAGGGGCCGGUGAAGAGCAUCCCUCGCUUUCUCAGCUACCUAGCUGUACGGGUUAAUGAGGGCCCUGUGUACGAUAUGAGUAUUGUGGACGACCACAAGGCUAUCAUUGUUUUCCAGUACGCUCUCCAUGCGCAGAUCUUUGUUGAUCGGAAUACCGAGUCGCAGGCGACCCGUGGCGAAUCCGUUUUCGGUUCCGGUGAUUGGGUUGUCAAGCUUGGACAGCCAAUGGACUGGACUGACACCAUGACACGCAUGAGCCAUCCGCAUCGUGAGCGCCGUCGUCUUACUUUUGUCCGCUCCAAGCUGUUCGCUGACCAGGCGAGCUACCAUAAAUGGAUCCGGGAGGUCGAAGAUGUAGCAGGCGUUGGAAACGUCGAUUUUGUAUGGGCAUUCAACACUGGGAAUGCUACGGCGGUAUUUUUCAGCGUAGCCGUUGCCCGCAAGGUCAUGCAGACAUUUACCAGCUGGCGCCAGAACCGCGGCUGCUAUGAAGACUUAGCAGUGACGUACUCGACCGAUCCCUGCGAAAAGGAUCUCCAGCUAACGACGCAGCUGCGCUACUUUGUCCAGCCUGCGCACCGCAGCUUUGAGCAGCAAUGCCCUGGCGACGGUGAACAUUCGGCUACUAAGAGGUCCUCCAAGGGGGAGUGA